AUGACAAAAGCUGUUGUUCUCGGUGCUGCAGGAGGAAUUGGGCAGCCGCUGUCUUUGCUCCUGAAGACGAACCCGCUCGUGAAGGAGUUGAGCCUGUACGAUAUCGUCCAUGCCCCCGGCGUCGCCGUCGAUCUUUCGCACAUCGCCACCCCCGCGAAGGUGGAGGGCUUCCUACCUCCAAACGAUGGCCUGAAGAAGGCGCUCACUGGCGCUGACAUCGUCGUCAUCCCUGCAGGUGUACCCCGGAAACCUGGUAUGACGAGGGACGAUCUCUUCAAGAUCAAUGCUGGUAUCGUCCGCGAUCUAGCCACAGGCAUCGCCACAGUUGCGCCGAAGGCGUUCGUCCUGGUCAUCUCCAACCCUGUCAACUCGACCGUCCCCAUCGUUGUGGAGGUGUUCAAGAAGCACGGCGUCUUUGACCCGAGGAGGAUCUUCGGUGUGACGACUCUGGACGUUGUGCGUGCGUCGACGUUCGUCUCAGAAAUUCUUGGCGACCUUUCCCUUACCCCGUCCGUCUCCGUUCCCGUCGUCGGUGGGCACAGCGGUGUGACCAUCGUUCCCCUCCUCUCGCAAUCCACGCACUCGCUUCCUGCCGGCUUUGCGCAAUCCUCGCUAGAGGCGCUUACGAACCGUAUCCAGUUUGGCGGCGAUGAGGUGGUGAAGGCUAAGGACGGCGCGGGCUCUGCGACCCUCUCGAUGGCCUACGCGGGCGCCGAGUUCGCCGGCAAGGUCCUCCGCGCCCUUAAGGGCGAGAAGGGCAUCGUAGCACCGUCUUUCAUCAACCUCGCCGCGGACAAGACUGGCGGUGCCGCGCUGCAGAAGGAGCUGGGCAAGGACCUCGAGUACUUCUCUGCCCCGGUUGAGCUAGGGCCCGAAGGUGUUGUCAAGAUUAAUGGCCUUGGAAAGCUUUCCGAUUACGAGAAGGGCCUCAUCGCCGCUGCGCUCCCCGAGCUGGAGACGAACAUUGACACGGGCGUGUCUUUCAUAUCUCCGGCGAAGCUCUAA